GAAUUCUGGUGGCCAAUGCUACUCGAACUCAAGUGGCAAAGAUUUUUCUCUCUUUUACUGUUGGACCAAAGCGUUUUGGUCUAAUCGAUGGCUCCUCGUGUUCGCGGUGGAAGAGGAAGCGGAAGAGGGAAGAGGGGACCGAAGUCUCCGGUGAAGCGACCCACUGUCGUCCCUACUCGACCCACAUCUUCCGGUGUGUCGAGUCGAAGACCAAGGAGCCUUCCGUCGCAGUAUGAGUUCACGCCGGCGAACCCUGAAGAUCCAAAUCAUGGGACUGAGCAUCCGCCGAAUCGUCAGCCUUCACCGCAACUGAGUCUAAGAGACUAUCCACCUCCGCUGCAGCUUUUCCAGUCGGGCGAAGGAUCUCAGCAUGCAGCUGGUGGAUCUCCUCGGGGCUCUGGAACGACUCCGUUUCGAGCAUCUGUCUCCUCUGUUCAUCGUUUAGCAUCCGGAUCUCCCCGUGCCUCUCAGUCUCCAGCUCCAGUUCAGCCUCCAGCGCCGGUUCCUUCUCCAGUGGUUAAUCAACAACGACCACCAAGAGCCUCUCUGUCUGGUCACAGUUCUCAAGCUCAGAACGUUGAAGAAGAAGAAGCUGCAUCGGAUGAAGAAGCUGAUGAUGAAACUACAUCGGAGGAUGAAGGUUUGAGGGAUUCAACACUCCCAGAAGAUGUCCUCGCGACUUUACAUGAUACGCUUCUCAUCCCAGGACGUGAGCUCUAUACUACUCUCAUCUCUCCGACUUUAGAGCCUGGGACGACAUGGUUUGGUAAGGAUAAGGGUAAGAUGACCCGGAAGGUCACCAAGUGUUUUACUAACAAGUUUGAUGGACCAUACUACAAUUGGAGUUGUGUGCCAACUGGAAGAAGAGAAAGAUACUUUCUUGAAUUCGCUAAAACACACACCUGGCAUCCCUCAGUUACAGGUGUGGUUGAAGCCAAGUUCUACAAGAUCAUUGCACUGCGUAUGAAAGACAUGGAAGUUGAAUUGGGAAGACCUCCUACUAUUGGAGAAGUGUUCAUCAGAACUCAUACCAAGAAGGAUGGGACAUUUGUGGAUAGGAAGGCGCAGGAAAUCCAUCAGGCAUAUCUCAAGAACAAGGCAGCUAAGUUGGCUGCCCUGCAAGAGAAUGAUGAACAGGAUGAUGGUAAUUCGCGUCAGUCUGAGCUGUCUCAGGAGGAGGAUGAUGAGAUAUUUCUUCAGUCUACUGUCACAAAUGAUAGAGGGGAUUACUUUGGAAUUGGCAGCUUAGGGGUUUACAUCAACGGGAAGCGCAAGUACGCAGGAAGCAGUUCUUCUUUCACAACCCUGCAGUCACAGCUUGAGGAUGCUAACCGCAAGAUAGAGGAACAAGCAGCUCUACAAGCAGCACGUGAAGCAGAGGCAUUGCGGGUCGCAGCAUCACAAGCAGCUGAGAUCAUGCAUUUGUCGAUGGUGAAGAAGUACCUGAGUGAAACUGACCCUAAUUUCCUGGCCUUCCUCAAUUCCCAAUCAACUCCUGCUGCGGAUGAUCAUUCAGAGGUCCAACCAAAUCCAACUCCUGCUGCUAAUGCUGAUGGUACUACUCCUGCUACUUAGCUUUCUCUCCUCUUAACUCAAAAACUU